GUCAUCUUCCUGCGCCCUACGCUGAUGUGGCUCUUAGCGUGAUUAGCAGUCUUGAGAAGAGCUAAAGAUUCUUUUUCUGUCGUAGACGUCAACCUAAUCAUAAAAUAAACAACCAUGAAGUGUUGGAUCAUUUUUGCGUUUUUUAUUUACGUGUGCAACGGGGAGAGUUGUCUAAACCCAGUCAUUACACCAUCAACAUACACAACCAAUGAUGCUGUCAUCUCGUCCGAGUCUGUCUUCAUUGUGGAGCUCAGCUUGUCGUGUGCAAACGGAGUACAGAGUGUGGCAUUGUAUGCUGAUGUCAAUGGAAGACAGUUUCCUGUAACAAGGGGCCAGGAUGUUGGGAAGUACCAGGUGUCAUGGAGCCUUCCUCAUAAGCUGGCCGGCUCGGGGACAUACCAAGUCAAAUUCUUUGACGAGGAGUCUUACAGUGCACUGCGCAAGGCUCAGAGAAACAAUGAGGACGUGGACACGAUCAAGCCCCUUUUCUCGGUCAAUGUAGAUCACAGGGGAGCUUGGAGUGGCCCUUGGGUGUCUACAGAGGUCCUGGCUGCUGUUCUUGGCAUUUUAAUCUACUACUUUGCUUUUAGUGCCAAGAGCACAAUUCAGUCAUGAAGAGAAACGACUCAACACGAUAUACCUCCAGAUUUUCUCUCUACAUUCCUUUACCCACUCAUCCUUUUAGUACUUGGUUUGUAAAUAUCCGGUAGUCUUAAUGAACUUUUGUACAAUUCAGAAAAUUCUGACUUUUUUAUUUAUUAGACUCGUAAAUGUAAUGUUUGAUUUUGAAACUUGAAUUUUAUCUUAACCGCUGUAUACUGUAAACUCCCGGAUUAGGGUUUUGUCUUUAGGUUGUAGCUUUAAAACUACAAGCUUGGAUGUAAACACUAGUAAGUGGGAAUUUACAGUAAAAUCAAAAUGCACUGACUGAAUUGAACAAAAACAAUGUUUUACAUUCAUCUUGUGAACAAUAAACACAUCAUGCAUUUUA